AAUAAACAAAGAAGAAGGGAGAAAAAAAAAAAAAAGAACGAAAAAAAAAGAGGAAAAAAUGGGUUCGGUGAGCCGAGCGUGGCUAUGUAAAUCGUCGUCGUUUGUCUUCUUAAUGCCCACACUUUCUUCUUCUACCUCUCAUCUCAGAUUCAAGUCCGUCACAGCCCACACUCCGUCCCCCAACCACCACGACCAUCAUAGUAUGGCCACGGAAGCAUCCUCCUCGCCGUCACCGCUCACAAGCGGUGACGCUAUCACUCCUCCUGCUCCAUCAUCAUCAUCAUCUUCUUCUUCGUCUGUUUCCGGUGCGAUUGAUUUUCUCUCUCUCUGUCACCGACUCAAGACGACGAAGAGAGCGGGAUGGGUGAGAAGAGACGUGAAGGAUCCAGAAUCUGUUGCGGAUCAUAUGUAUCGAAUGGGACUCAUGGCUCUCAUUGCUUCGGAUAUUCCCGGUGUCGACCGUGACAGGUGUAUGAAAAUGGCUAUCGUUCAUGAUAUUGCGGAAGCCAUUGUUGGGGACAUUACCCCUGCCGAUGGGAUCUCGAAGACUGAGAAGAGUCGGCGAGAAAGGGAAGCAUUAGACAACAUGUGCAAAUUACUUGGUGGAGGGUCUAGAGCUAAGGAGAUAGCUGAAUUGUGGACAGAGUAUGAGGAGAAUUCUUCCCCGGAAGCUAAAGUUGUCAAGGACUUUGACAAAGUGGAGAUGAUACUUCAAGCAUUGGAAUAUGAAAGUGAGCAAGGAAAGGACUUGGAUGAAUUUUUCCAGUCAACUGCUGGGAAGUUCCAGACAGAACUAGGCAAGGCAUGGGCGUCAGAGAUAGCAUCAAGAAGACAAAAGGAAGGCUAAUUUCUAGAUUUUAGUUCUAAAUUGACUUUGAAUCUUGCCAACAACUUGCUAAUGGUGGUGCUGGUAAUGAUGGAGAGUUGAACUUGAAGGUCUUGGUGAUGACACCAUCCAUUCCUGGCAAUAAGGACUUUGUGGUUAUGACUUGUGAGGCGCUUCACUUUGGUGUUACACAGCCUACUAAUCAUCACUGACCUUACUCUUCACCAAAUUGUCAACAUCAAUAACUCAUUAUUAAUAGCAAGAUUCUCCUUGUCCACCAAAAAACAAAAAAAAAAAAGCAAAAAUUCUUCUUGUUUUCUCCUUUCUUUUUUGUGCGGAG